CUCCUGCAGACUCACAUCUCCCUGCCCUCCUGCUGGAUUACUGCCAGCAUGACCCCAAAGACGUGCAAAUCGACCACAGCAAGCACCCGAAGCGCUAAAAAAGUUCGAUCCGCGUGCAUCCGCUGUCGAACUCGACGUAUCAAGUGUGACGGGGAAACACCGGCCUGCAGAAAUUGUCUCAAGGCAAGCGCCCCAUGUAUUGAUGUGGAUGCGAGGCUUGGCGAUGCGUUAUUACCUCGCAGCUUUUCGGCAGACUGCGUCCGUCGUAUUCAGUGGUUAGAAGAGAUCAUACAAAAACACUUGCCAGAUAUCGAUCUCGCAGCUGGCCCGCAACUUGACGCGUCGAUCAAGGCGGCCUUCGAGGUCGCGUCCCCCAAGCCGAUCAGCUCCUCGAAAACUCCUCUUGGUUUCCCAAGUGAAAAUAACGAGUGCUCUUUUGUUCCUUCUCCUGAGAUAAAUUACUCUUCCCAAACACCUUGUUUGCCCGGUGUCCCCAACAACGAAUCGCCUCAGCCUGAUUGUUGGGAAUCGCCACCGGGCGAUUCAGGUAUCGCCGAUGAAGUUCGUGCGCUGGCACAGAGCCUUGGUCAAGUCUCCCUCCAUGAGGACUCCCGGCAGACUUACUAUCUAGGUACCUCGACUGGCGUCCUUUUCGCGCAUCUUAUCGGUGCCAGUACAGCCGGAUUUCGUGAUCCCUCAGGGCCGGUAGUCAUUGAAGAAGAAAAUACCCUGGGAAAUGUCUCCUUCGAGCGGCUGAGAACCACAUUGCUACAGGAGUUACCUCCCCGCGAUCGGUGUCAGGACUUACUGGAUGAGUAUUUCCGUGUCAUCCAUCCCGACUUCCCAAUUCUUGAUCCGGCGUCGGUCUCGAGCAUCUGUGAAGCGCUCUACGCACUAUCUUCAGUGACCGAUCCUUGCAAGAUUGGGAGCAAAGGGUGGCCCGUAGAUCGACCCGGAUUUCCCUACAACGGCGAGAUGGAAAUUCGGAACGGUCAAUAUGAAACAUCAAUUUCAGUUUAUGCUGCGGCCUUCCACCUGUUCAUGAUUUUUAGCAUUGCUUCCAUACUUAAGAUGCGUCGAAGGCAGCUGGAGGACUCUCCGCAGCGACUCUACCAAGCGGCUGUGUCUUUCUCCCAUCAUGUCCUAGCCAGACCCUCCCUCGUCGGCAUACAGUCUCUUGUGCUUCUGAUUACACACAGUCUGAUGACACCAUCUGGAGUCAAUACAUGGACAAUAGUACAUCUAUGUAUGGCAAAUUGUGUUGAUAUCGGGCUACACCGUGAAAUGGCCGCCAGUCCCUAUAAUCGUCUCCCAAUUCAUAUAAGGAGAAUGGUGUUUUGGACGGUUUAUUCGUUAGACAGAUCAAUCUCCACGAUUCAAGGAAGACCCCUCGGCAUAGGAGACGAAACAUUCGACCUCUCGCGUCCCGGUCUAGAAUUUCCUGGCAGCACCGCAACCCCCGGCAGCCCGUUCGGGCCAAGCUUUGAUCCCAAGGGCUUAUGGCCGUACACAACACACCAUCUCGCCCUAGACCGGUGGAUCUCAGCCAUCAAACUACUUCUUUAUCGGUGUCCGUCGUCCUGCCAGCAGAACCUUUUUAUGUGGCCCCCAGACCUCGAAAAACAACAGGCGAUCCUCAAAGGCAAGCUUCAGGCCUGGUAUCUCGAGAUUCCCAACAUCGUGAGCCAAGUGAUUGUUCCGGAUGAACCUUUGCGGGACAAACUCCGUCUCAAGCUCGAAGCCCGAUACCAUGCAGCUAUGAUGCUCUUGUUCCAGCCCUCACAAGCCUUGCGGAGGCCCAAUGUUGAAGCAUGCAAGAUCUGCUACGGAUCGGCCGUCCAACGGCUCAUGAUCUACUCUCAGCUAUAUGAGAACGAGCAGCUCUUUUGCGAUUGGCGGAGCAUGCAGGACAUAUUCCAUUCGGGGGUGACCUUUCUCUACUUGCUUUACGGCUUGCCGUUUAUACGACAGUCGGUUUCGCUUCCCGAAGUCUCCAAAAUCAUGCGCCUGUGCUCAAACCUUCUGAGCACGGGCGGUGAGUGGUGGCCUUCGCUGAAGAAAGCGAAGAAAAGACUUGAAAGGGUGGCCGACAUUGUGAUAGAUAAGCUCUAUAGCGUCAAUGCUGCGGCGCUGCCGUCGCAGUCCGCACCGGAUAUGGAUGGCGGGCUCGGUACCACUCAGCUGGGCGAGUCACUGCCGCAGUAUUCUAGCUGGGAAUUUCCUGAUAUUGCCGGCCUCCUUCAGCCGUCAAGACGGCGAACGGCAUCCAUGUCGAUCUUUCCGGUGGUUUCUCCCCGCAGAUCUGGCACAGAAGCCGAAGGAGACGGAGGGAUGCCACAAUUGUCGGAGAUCUUCAACGAACAAGCGCAGUCCGACGCGCCCGGCUGGGGUAACCCAAUACCACACCAGACAGAGGUAUUCGAUGAUCCCUUCUGGGAGCUUGUACAGUUAACUUGAUGCAUGAUACGGGUGUUUUCAUGUCUACUCUGCCGGAGGUGCCGCCCUCAUUGCAAGCAUUAUCCUUGAUUUGCAAAAGUCUUGUCUGGCGCUUGAAGCAAUUUAUGCGGCCACACAAUGAUGCGUAUCCAGCUGCUGGGGGGAAU